UGGUUCAUUGUCGGCAGAGCAACGGGAAAAGAUUUAAUGCUAAUGCACAUACGUCGUAACCGGCGUACUUUAAGCACCCACGGUUUAACGAAAUUUGAUACUUAAGCACUGACGUAAGUGAAUUGUGGAAAAUAAUUAGAAGAAAAGAACGGCAAAACAAAGUUGAAAAGUAUAAAAGGAAGAAACUAUGAAUAGAAAGAAAAAUAAAAAAUAAAUGAUUAACCUUUAAAAAUAAGUGAAAUACAUGGAAUUAAAUAAUUUUAUCAGUGGCGAACAGCAGCCUUGUUGCUUUACAAUUUUACCUUAAACAAAAAAAUUAAAAAAAAAAAAAUAUGCAAAAUGAGUGAACAAAAUUAUUUGCAUUCGUCCAUUAUGUCGACCCCAACAACUUGCGAGAAGACCGAGAACACAUAGAUGCCCCGCUAAAAGGUCAAAGGGAUGGAAAGGAUAAAAAAUGUAUAGACCAAAAUAAUAAACAAAAAAUAGAUAGCAGACAAUAUGCGAAAAAGGUUUUACUGGACAUACAUACAAACACGCACACACAAUUAGUAAGAAUUAUGAGCCAAACAACCAGACGAGCAUAUUGAGCAAAAAGAAGCAGCGCGUGAAAAGUUAUCCAAAUAGCCAACAAAAUGAAUAAAAAAUUUACUGCAAUGCAUACAACGACCCAGCUUCAGUUGCUGAUUCCACUUUUACUCGCUCUAUCAAUGUCACUGUUCAUACAACCCACACUGACAGUCUGUCCUAAUAACGAAUUGACAGCUAAAAGUAGCAGCAACAACAAAAACGCCACUACAGUGGCGGCAUGCGGCAAUUUUACGCUUAAUGACGGCGUUGACUUUUUGGGUAGCCAUUCAAGUUUUACUGGCUACCCGUUUAUGGAUGAGAGCAGUAGCAAUUUUACCCAGCUACAAGAAAAUUUGUUGGAGUUUGAAUUCGAUCCUUUGGAGAGUGUUGUCACUACGGUGGUGCCUGUCUUUUUCGGCAUAAUUGGGCUGGCUGGUUUGAUUGGUAAUGGGCUGGUGAUACUUGUUGUCAUCGCCAAUCAACAGAUGCGUUCCACCACUAAUCUGCUCAUCAUCAAUCUGGCCAUUUCAGAUAUACUGUUUGUUAUUUUCUGUGUGCCCUUCACCGCUACCGAUUAUGUGCUACCCGAGUGGCCAUUCGGCAAUUUGUGGUGUAAAUUCGUGCAGUAUAUGAUUGUGGUCACCUGCCAUUGCAGCGUCUAUACGCUGGUGCUGAUGUCCUUCGAUCGCUUUUUGGCCGUUGUGCAUCCGGUGACGAGUAUGUCAUUGCGCACGGAGCAUAAUGCGAUGCUUGCCAUUGUCUGUGCGUGGGUGCUCAUUGUGACUUCUGCGAUUCCAGUUGCUUUGGCCCAUUCGGUGCGCCUAUACUAUUUCAAAGGACGUAAUUAUACGGCUUGUGUUUUUUCCACGGAGGAGGAGGGAUGGAGUUUGGUUGGAUUUCAGAUUUCCUUUUUUAUGUCGUCGUACUUAGCCCCACUAACUUUAAUUUGCUUCUUGUAUGUGGGUAUGUUGGCGCGACUUUGGCGUAGUGCGCCGGGCUGUAAGCCAUCAGCCGAAUCCAGGAAAGGUAAGCGGCGUGUGACCCGCAUGGUAGUUAUUGUGGUGCUUGCGUUUGCUAUUUGUUGGCUUCCCAUACAUGUAAUUCUUGUGCUAAAAGCGUUGGAUAGGUAUCCUGGCACUCCGUUAUCGGUUAUGGUACAAAUUGUCUCCCAUGUAUUGGCUUACACCAGCUCUUGCGUUAAUCCAAUUUUAUAUGCUUUUCUAUCGGAUAAUUUCCGGAAGGCGUUUCGCAAGAUUGUGGUCUGUGGUCAUCAGCCACUUAUUGUCACGCAUCAAAUCACUAAAACGACACGCACCACUGGCAAUGGACCGUCGAAUGUGGAUAUGCUGUGAGCAACCGAACGGAUUUUACGAAAGGGUUCGAAUUUCUGAAUGAAUGCAGCGGUGUUCUGUUACUAUUUAUCGAAAAGAACUACUUCUUGUAUAGGUAUAUUUAACUUUUUGUUAUUGUAAAUACACGCACAAAUGUAAAUGAUAAAUAUUUAGCUGUGCUAAUGAAUAUGUGAACGAAUUUAUUCCAUGUAUGUAUGUAAGUUUGUAUUGGCCCUAAUGUAAAUUUGUAAUGCCUAUUCAAUAUGUAACCCUAGUUAUAGAAUAUCAAAGCUGUUUCUCAGAUAAAACUUUGUGUAAAACUUGAAAGCGAUGUGAAGGAAUUGAAUGAGAUUAAUAAUUAAAAUAUUUGUGUAAAAAAACAACAUUUUUCUUCCGUACAUAUUUUGAAAUAUCUCAUGAAUGUUUGGAUUUUGACAAUUAACAUUUUGAAAUUUG